AUGAAGGCAAAGAAUCACUCAGAGGUGAGUGAAUUUGUUUUCCAGGGAUUCUCAAGCUUUCAAGAACUUCAGGUUAUUCUCUUUGUAGUGUUUUUGACCCUGUACAUCUUAACCCUAGCUGGCAAUGUAAUCAUUGUGGCUAUCAUCCGCAUUGAUCGUCACCUCCACACUCCUAUGUACCUCUUCCUGAGUAUCUUGUCAACUUCAGAGACCUUCUACUCUCUGGUUAUUAUCCCUCGGAUGCUGUCUAGUCUCGUGGGUCUUAGCCAGUCCAUUUCUUUCAUGGGCUGUGCCACCCAGAUGUUCUUCUUCCUUGGUUUUGCCAUUACUAACUGUCUGCUUCUAGCAGUGAUGGGAUAUGAUCGAUAUGUAGCCAUCUGCAAUCCGCUCCGUUACUCUGUUAUCAUGAACUGGAAGGUCUGUGCCCUGAUGGCAUCCUCAGUUGCUAUUACAGGUUUCUCUCUGUCACUUGUCCAGGCUGUGGCCAUCUUCCGAUUGCCGUUCUGUGAUCCACUUAUUGAGCAUUUUUUCUGUGAUGUCCGGCCUGUACUAGAUCUGGCUUGUGUGAAUACAUUCAUCAAUGAUAUUCUGACCUUGAUCAUCAGUCUUCUAGCCAUUACUGCACCUGCCACUUUCCUUUUUGUCACCUACAUUCUCAUCAUCUCCACCAUCCUGCGGAUUGCCUCAGCUGCAGGACGACAGAAGGCCUUUGCCACGUGUGCUGCCCAUCUCACAGUGGUUAUUAUACACUAUGGCUGUGCCUCCAUUGCCUACUUCAAACCCAAAUCAGAGAAUACUAAAGACCAAGACCAGCUGAUUUCUGUGACAUACACCGUCAUCACCCCUCUACUAAAUCCUGUUGUUUACAGCCUGAGGAAUAAGGAAGUCAAGGAUGCCCUGAAACGAGCUCUGGGGAGGAAACCCCUUUCUUAG